AUGCUUAAUAAGGAUGGAGACAAGUCCCUUGAGAAGGGGACAAACCGGGAGAACUUGCAUCAUACUAAAGCUGAGGGUAAAGGGGCCAAGGGCUCCUAUGAUCCUGAAGAGGAAAAAGGGCUGGAACAUGCCCAAGCCUUUGAAGCCGACGAGCAGCCCUUUAAACUCACAAUGGCCGAAAAUGACCUCACCACAUCCAAAGACGGCACGGCGACGUUUGAUCCCGGCGAUGAAGCGCGGCGAUCCAGCCAAGACUCAAAAUUUCCAGCAUUAGACCGAAGUAUUCCAGUAUCGGACCAGCCUCCACGCAAAUGGACUUUUAAGGAUAUGGUCAAUAAGCAGCGAAACCAUGUGGAAAUGGAACCGGAGGUUGACAGAAAGGGGAACGACGAUGACAACGAUGUAUCCGUGGACUCAUCCCGCCGAAUGCCAGAGAUUACUAUUGCACAACGAUUUUUCGAUCAACUAAACAAAGAGUGA